AUGCAACUUGAUGACCUCCGUCUGGUCAGGGAGAGUGAGGAGGUGAUAGAGAGGAGUUAUGGGCAGGUGGUCAUGCUGGGACCAUCGGAAUCAGCGUGUGGGAAAGGAUUUACUCAGUUAUCCAACCUGAGUGCGCAUCAGCGAGUUCACACCAGGGAGAGACCAUACACCUGCUCUGAGUGCGGGAAGAGAUUCACUCGGCCAUACCAUUUGCUGACACACCAGAGAGUUCACACCAGGGAGAGGCUGUACACCUGCUCCAAGUGUGGGAAGGGAGUCACUCAUCUGUCCAAUUUGCUGAGACGCCAGCAAGUUCACACCGGGAAGAGGCCAUACACCUGCUCUGAGUGUGGGAAGGGCUUCGCUCGUUUGUCCGCUUUGCUGAUGCACCAGAGACGAGUUCACACGGGGGAGAGGCUGUUCUCCUGCUCCAUGUGUGGGAAAGGAUUCACUCGGUAUACCUACUUGACACAGCAUCAGUGGCUUCCCACCGGCGAAAGUCCAUACACCUGCUCCGAGUGCGGGCAGGGAUUCACACAGUCGUCCCACUUGCAGUCACACCAGCGAGUUCACACCAGGGAGAGGCCGUUCUCCUGA